CAUUUCAGCAGUUCAGCUCGUCUCUCAUGAAGGUCUGCUUUUCAUAUUUCAGAGGAAAUACUUGUAGGAUUAAAUCCUGACAUCCUCCUUAAACUGCCUAUGUUUAAACCGCUUGUGAGUGCCCUGUUAGUCUCCAUUAAUCACUGGGAGCUUUGACCCUUCCAAAAGACAUGAAUCUCCAUCUAUAACAUCCACAGUGCCAAAAGCAAUGGCUGAACCACCCCCAGCACCACCACCUCCCCCACCUCCACCUCCACCACCUCCUCCGCCUCCACCACCACCUCCACCUCCUCCUCCACCACCACCACCACCUCCCCCAGGACUGCCUGGCGGGGCAAGGCCGAUCUCCCGUGCAUCCAGAGCCGGUUCCAAGAUGAGGAACUUCAACUGGGAGGCCAUACCCCAGGACACGGUGCUGGGCAAACACAACAUCUGGACAGCAGAGAAGAAGAAGGAGUAUGAGCUGGAUACGCAGCACAUGGAGGAACUGUUCAGCCGCAAUGACCAGGCCGAUGGUCAGGUUCAGGCAUCCAAACGAAAAAGUGUUAGAGGCAAGCCGAGCAACACUCAAGGACCUGAAAUGGUGUCCAUUCUUGGCUCCAAAAAGAACAUGAACAUCAGCAUUUUCCUCAAGCAGUUCAAACGGUCAGUACAGGAGCUCAUUGAGGACAUCCACAGUGGCAAGAGUGAAAGAUUUGGUUCUGGGAAGCUGCAGGAGCUUUUGAAACUACUGCCUGAGACCGGUGAGGUGAAGCAGCUUUUAGCAUUUAAAGGAGACAUUUCAGCUCUUUCUGAGGCUGAUCAGUUCAUGAUUCAGCUUGUAAAGCUUCCAGGCUAUGAAGAGAGGCUGAAAUGUUUAGUCCUUAAAGAAGAACUUCCCCUUUUUAUGGAUGAAGUGAAUCAUUCCAUUACCACCAUGACCACUGCUGGGAAAGAGCUGUUGGAGUGUGGCGACCUUCAUUCCGUCAUCCGCCUCGUGCUGAAGACUGGGAACUACAUGAACGCUGGUGGCUACGCCGGCAGCGCUGUGGGCUUCCGCAUGACCUCGCUGCUAAAACUCGCCGACACGAAAGCCAACAAACCAGGAAUGAACCUCAUGCACUAUGUUGUGAUGCAAGCUCAGAAGAGUGACGCUUCUCUGCUGAAUUUUCCAGAACAACUCUCACACAUCGGAGACGCCGCAAGAAUCCACAAACAAGAAACUGAAUCAGAAUUCCAAAGGAAAGUGAGCGAAGUCCAGCAGGCGAAAAAGGGCACUGAUAAACAAGCUGACCUGGCUGAACAGAUGAAAGACUUUUUCUCGCAUGCUGAGUCCAGGAUCACUGAAACCCAGGAGUCCUUCCAGACACUGAACCAAGUCACCGAGUCUGUGGCGGAAUAUUUUUGUGAGGAUCCGAGUGAGUUUAAACUGGACGAGUGCUGUUCCAUCUUCAGUUCCUUCUGUGAAAAAUUCACCCGAGCCCUUCAGGAGAACAUGGAACGUGAAAUGGCCGAAGUUAAACGGAAACAGAAGGAGCGACUGCAAUCGGCUGCCAAGCGGCGCUCCACAGCCACCUGCUCAUCACGAGACAGAGACAUCGAGGGUGUAGCACUGGAGUCGGUUCUCAAUCGGUUCCUAAAGGCACCCGCGUCUCACAGGAGAUCAAGAACCCCCUCGCCUAGUAGUGCCAAAAUCCCUGAGAACUCAUUACAAAAGAACCGUCCAGACAAAACUUGCAAAAAGCAGAGCUGGACUCUGAACAUGCCCCAGUCCUCCCUCGAUAAAGAGAACGCGGAUGAUAAAAAGCCAGAGAAAAAAAGUCUGCAGCAGAGAAAAUCUGGAGAGAAUUCCUUUGUUGCAAGUGAGAAUGCAGAAGUUCUGUCUGAGAAAGAGGUGCAGAAUUUGAGGGACGUGUCCAAAAAGGUGCUACGCUACCAGUCUAGUCGGGGGAGCAUGUCUUCUGGGGAACAUGUUUCCCCACUCACUUCUCCACAUCGACGCACGUUUCAGGAAGACGGAGAAAAACGGAUGUCUGUUACAAACAGUGAGGAUGUAACCAAACUGCUAAAAAGCCCCUUGCUUUUAAUUCCGAAAAGCCCUGGUGGUAUCGGGCGUCGACACACAAUCGCUUUCCCUUCACCAGAUCUGAGCAGGACUGAGGCCGACGAGGAUAAGUUUGUUCCCGGUGAGCCAGAAAAUGGAACCCCUGGACAUCAGAUUCCGUCUCUUGGGAAUAUAGGUCGUCUCAAAUCAGUGGACAGCUAUCUGCCGCUUACAAACUAUUCCAUAGGUUCUAAAGUGCCAUUCACCACUCCAACGGUUAAAGAGGAGAAAGUGGAUCAAGAAGAAGAAGAAGUACGUCAACAGACUGAAGAGAACUUAUCCAGUUCUCAGCAAAAUCCAUCAGUCAAUGGACAGAACAACCUCGCCAAAAAGACCUCUCAAUUUCUUUCCUUUUUUAAACGUUUAGGUGAAAAGAGCAAAACGAACAAUAGAGAACCCAAGUCCAGUAAUGUGGACCACUGAGACAUCUAACAGAUAAUGGGAUUAUGUGCUUGAUAGAGUUGUUUCCUGGAAUCUGGAUGUGGGCUCCUGAUCUCUGGUGCACCUUAAAAUUGAUCAGGGCUUUCUUUCGUGUUUAAAUUGUGUGAAAACUACGGUUUUCAGUUCAAGGUGUCAAGUAACAUAGGUAGAGCUGUCCAAAUUUAUUGGAAUCAUUGUGACUUUUAGCUCUUAGUAUUUGCAGGUGCUGCUGAAUGGUGAUAUACCACCUGGAGGUAAGCGCUGUUCAGCAUGGUUUAAAAGUCGCUAAUGGGACCAGUUGUUCAGAACAACCAAGCAAUGUACACAUCCAUUUUCCAUACCACUUAUCCAAUGUAGGGUAGUUGGGGGCCAGGAGUUCGUUCAUGGAUGGGGUGCCACCCCAUUGCAGGGCACAAGCAUACACAACCAAUACCCGGACAACCAAUCACCAAUCCAGUUUGGAAACCAAUUAGCCUCCACUGCAUGUCUUUGGACUGUGGGAAGAAAACCAUCAAGUACAUGUAGAACCGGCAAACUCAAAGUGACAUUGCAAACCACUAACACUCCAUGCCAUUCUUAUAGUCUUCCAUUUUAACAAAACAGUGAUGUACCAAUUUGCUCAACAAAUCAAUCCUCACCUUUGAACUCUUAAACGACAAUACACCCAGAAUGGGUUCUAAUAUGAAUAAAUGAACAAUAUGAAAAGACAUGGUCAAGUUAAUG